AUGGCAGCUUCAGCUUUGGUGAGACUUUCUUGCGGACUGCUGCUUCUGGUUGGGGCCACGGCCCUUGUCCAGAUGCCUCCAGCCAAGCAGGUGCAGGUUCUAGGCUGUUUCGGAGGCACGGCUCCCAAUGCAACUCGGUGCGAGGGUGGCAAGUGCCACUACAUGUGUGUUCGGCCCAACCUCGACGGCAUGGAGCUCGUCUGCGAGGCGAACGCAACCCUUCACCAAGUGGGCGUCAGCGCCGGCGGCGUGAGCUGGGCUUGCCAAGAUCUCAUCCGGUGCCCUGCGAAGCCUGCGCUGAUCGGCUGCAAUUGCACAGAGAAGAGCCGCUGCAUCUGGGGAUGCGCAUACUGGGGCAGCUUGGACAUGCGCUGUAACUCGAGCCGCCUGGAGUACCCGAGGCCCGGAACGAUUCUGGACUGCCGCGAAGGCACAGUCCCUGAGGAGUUGCGGGGUGGCAAGGGCAACUGGGCUUGCUAG